GAUUCACUGGUUCCCUUCCAUGGAGAUUGGAAAAUUGAAGAAUCUAGGUGCACUGGACGUUUCUAACAACUUGUUAUCAGAAGAACUUCCCAGUAGCCUCGGCAAUUGCAAGAGCUUAGAAGAACUACACUUGCAAGGCAACUUCUUCUGGGGACCAAUUCCUUCAUCUAUGAAGGAAUUGAGAGGGAUUCGGGAUUUAGACCUUUCUCGCAACAAUUUCUCAGGAGGUAUUCCACAGUUCUUCGAGGACCUUGGAAAUUUGGAGAAUCUGAACCUAUCCUUCAAUCAGUUUUGGGGAGCUGUACCAACUAGCGGUGUUUUUAAAAAUGCAAGUGCUACUUCAGUUGCUGGAAACAUGAGGCUCUGCGGCGGUAUUGCUAAUCUUCAACUUCCUGUGUGCAAGUCUAAUGAGUCUAAAGGAGGAGGGUUGUCCCGUAGAAUGAAACUAAUGAUCUCUUUAGUUUCCGGGUUUAGUCUUUUGGGAUUGGCUAUAGUGCUUUCUUGUUUCCUUCUUGGAAAGAAAAGGAAACAAUCUGACUUAAACACUACUAGGAACUCUAUUUUGCAAGUGUCGUAUGCUACACUCCUAAAAGCUACUGAUGGUUUUUCGUCAACUAAUUUGAUUGGUGUGGGUGCUUUUGGAUCUGUUUACAAAGGAAUUCUUGCUGAUGGAGUAGUUGUCGCUGUGAAAGUGCUCAACAUGUUACACCGGGGAGCAUCUAAGAGUUUCAUGGCCGAAUGUGAGGCAUUGAGAAAUAUCCGACAUCGAAAUUUGGUCAAGAUCUUAACUGCAUGUUCAAGUAUUGAUUUUAGUGGCAAUGAUUUCAAGGCUCUUGUUUACGAGUUCAUGGACAAUGGGACCUUAGAGGAGUGGUUACAUCCAUCCACUGGAAAUGAAGAGGUGACAGAAGCACCCAAAAGUUUAAGCCUUGUUCAGAGGCUUGACAUUGCCAUUGAUGUUGCUAGUGCAUUGGGUUAUCUUCACAAGCACUGUGAAACACCGAUCGUUCAUUGUGAUCUCAAACCAAGUAAUGUACUUUUGGAUACUGACCUAACUGGACAUGUGUCUGACUUUGGGAUGUCAAGGUUUCUUUCAAAACCAACCACGAGUGUUUCUGGAAAUCAAUCAAGCUCUAUUGGAAUUAGAGGAUCGAUUGGUUAUGCUGCACCAGAGUAUGGUAUGGGAAGUGAAGUAUCCACAUACGGGGAUGUUUACAGCUUUGGCAUUCUCUUGUUAGAAAUGUUUACGGGGAAACGACCAACUGAUCACGUGUUCAGUGACAGCUUGAAUCUUCAUAAUUAUGUGAAGAAAGCUCUCCCUGAACUUGUUUCAGAGAUUUCAGAAUCACUAGUUCUUCAAGAAGGCACCACCAAUGUCGCUGAAGCUCACAGGCAUAGUCGAUUGAUCAGUGUGAGAGCACAGAAAAUUGAAGAGUGCUUGACUCUGAUACUUGGUAUAGGAAUUGCAUGUUCUGUUGAAUCCCCAACAAACAGAAAGGAUAUCAAUGAUGUUGCAUCUGAAUUGCAAUCCAUUAGGCGCAAUCUUCUCAGCUAGACCCUUUCAAAUUAUUAUGUUUUGUGAUGCAUGCUAAUAAAUUGUUGUAUGUGUUGAAGGAAAAUCAGUUUUGUGUGCCUAUUCAAACUAGGAUUAGUUUCAUGGUUAUAAUAGGAGAGAAUGUUCUAGAAUUCCUAGUCCGACUCGGAUUAGUUUUCCUUGUAACACUACACCAAAAACAUUAUCAGACAACGGCAUAAAACCGUUGUGGGAUUUG